AUGUCGUCUGCUGAUCACAAAAUGCCCAAAUCUCUCCUCAAAAACGUCCAUGAGGGUUUGGCACCUCCGGAAGACACUCCUGGAGAAAGCGUAACGGUUAGAGGAGACUAUCUGUACUACCAUUAUGUCUGUGACGGCGUAGAUGACCGGGGUUGGGGCUGUGCAUACAGAACUCUGCAGUCUCAGUGUUCCUGGGUUCACUUCAAGCAGAAACAGACGUCCACCAACCCCAGACAUCCUCCUACAAUACUGGACAUCCAGAGGGCACUUGUGGAAAUGCAGGACAAGCCAGCGAGCUUUGCAGGGUCCCGGGACUGGAUCGGGUCUGUGGAAGUUGGCCUCUGUAUAGACUAUUUUUAUGAUGUUCCUUGUAAAAUUGUACAUAUCAACAGUGGCAGAGACAUUCCAGACAAGAUUCCAGAGCUGACAGAACAUUUCCAGAGCAUAGGAUCCCCUGUUAUGAUGGGUGGAGAUACAGAUAACUCCUCCAAAGGCAUAUUUGGGGUUUGUGGAUCAGGGAAAAAUUCAUACCUCCUAAUUGUAGACCCUCACUACCAUGGUGCGGUCCAAGACCCCCUAGCCUUGCAGCAGAAUGGCUGGGUGAAGUGGCAACAUGUCGAAGAAUUCAAGUCAGAUUCCUUCUAUAAUUUCUGCCUUCCCCUUUACAAACAAUAACAAAUAAAGUUCUAAUUUUACAGUUUUGUUCUUCAUUCAGUUUUAUAGAUAUAAUGUACUAAGUCUUCACUAAGUUAAGCCACAAACAAUCCAUUAUACUGGAUUUGUGGGUAUUAUUAAAACAAAAUGGGACCUACCAGCUGUUUUUGAAACACACAUUUCAUGUGCCACACAUGAUAUCGUCUGUAGACGUGCUUACACACAGCGGGGUUAUACCGCCCCUUACGGGGCUUUUGCUGGCUAAUUACAAGACGGGGAUUUGCCAGGUCUCCCAUCAUGAUGUACAAAAAUACUUGAAAAGACCUUGAAUUUUUUAUAGACCGGCAUAAUGCUGUAAACCCACAUAAUGCUACUCCAAUUCUGUAUUUUUCAACAUGGUUAUUUUAUUCAUUGGUUUGACUGAAAUAGUCGACAGCUAUUUAGGGCAAUUAUAGAGUUAUAGUGAAUGGACACUCAGUACCAUCUACAUUUGUAAAUCCCAAGUCGAACACCUUAACCACAAAAGCCCACCUUUUCCCCUCUAUGGUUAACGUUUUUAACAAUCAUUAAGAGAGACAAGUGACAAGUUGAUAUCAAAGCAUGGUGUAAGAAACUUUAUUGACAGACAAAGGUUAUUAUUGCAUAGCCAGUAGCCUCUUCACAACUCUUUAUAAUGGUACAGUCGGUCAUUAAGGCACGCGUGAAUUGCACAAGAGAUAAAAUGAUAGUCACACCUAUUAAACUAAAAAGUACAACAUAAAAAA